AUGCCACUCAUGCUACUUCGUAAUCUGUCCGCCACUGACGGACUGUGCAAUGGCACGCGACUUAUCGCUGGUCGUAUCAUCAGCCCGCGACUCAUGGAGGCCACCAUCGCCUGCGGCAAAAACGCCGGAAGGCAAGUGCUUAUUCCACGGCUCCCACUCCAGCCCCCGGAUGACGCGUUUCCCUUCCGCUGGGAGCGUCGCCAGUUCCCCGUGCGGCCAGGUUUCGCCAUGACGGUGAACAAAGCCCAGGGGCAGACGCUCGGUCGGGUCGCGGUCUUUCUGGAGGAGCCAGUAUUCAGCCACGGGCAGCUGUACGUGGCUGCAUCGCGGGUCGGCCGGCCGGCGGAUCUGAGGAUCGCGCUGCCCAGAGGUGGCCAAGGCGCAACACCCAAUGUGGUGUACACGGAGGUGAUGGGCCGAGGUGAUGGCCGGUAG